AUGUCGUCAACAACGGCGUCAUCUAGCCCGCUGGGAUCAAGCCCUCCGCCGGGAUUGCGGGCAGAUCCAAGAACAGCUGAAAGACCAGAGGUUCACAGGGCCAGCCAGUCCGAAGAGUAUAGCCCUCAUGAUGGAGGAAGCUCGAGAGCGAGGGUGGUCCCUGCCCGCCCAGGAUCUGAACGCAAAAGGCGGUUGACCAGCACGGGCGAGGACGUGCGGCAUCAGGGAUGGGGCCGCCAUGAUAGUUUGGUUGGUGGCCGAGAAGACGGGGAGAGAUUUCGGGGUACUCUGCCACAUAGAUCUGUUUCUAUGGUAAUACCAUCGUCCCGAACAAGAACAUCUAUCUCCGCAGCACCCGGCUCAUCGAUCGCAACUGCCAUCGACAUCACCUCUUCUCCUUCUCCUACUGAUUCUCGCUCUCCGUCCGUUGAACAACUCUCACGCUGGCCUGGCCGUGAAGGUCCUCCAUCGCGUAUCAGCCAGCCCCGCACCGUUUCAUCUCAUCACCACAACUACUCCCCGCCAUUAAUGGAUGUCUCUCUUCCCCAGUGGCAGGCCGACUCGGAGGUCUCCGAAUGCCCAAUCUGCAACACAGUGUUUAGCUUCUGGCAUAGAAAGCAUCACUGCAGAAAAUGUGGUAGGGUAGUAUGUGCAGCAUGUUCCCCGCAUCGCAUCACGAUCCCUAGACAAUUCAUCGUUCGCCCUCCUGAUUCCGUCGAUAAUGGCAUUGACACCUCCCCGGAUCCCCCAUCUCAAUCAUCUUCUCGCUUCCCCCCAGUCGUUGAUCUCACAGGCGACACUCCCACUCCAUUGUCAGCCAUCAAUCCUGCUCUUGGCGGCGGAGAAGAGGUACGACUUUGUAACCCGUGUGUGCCAGAUCCCAACCCCAAUCCUCUUGGUUAUAAUGGGAUGCGAGCCCACGGCCACCGAUCCACGCACUCACUGUCUUCUACAAUGAUCAACUCUUCAGCUUCAGUGAACCAGUGUCAGCACCCCGAUAUACGCCAGGAACGACGAACUGUGGGUGCCAAUGACCGACCGCAGUUCCUGCAGAAUAUGAGUGGCCAGCAACGUGCAGUGUCAUCGGCCACUAGCACCCGCCAAAACCGUGCGAUGACCCACCGAGAUGGCCGCCCGGUAGAGGAAGGUGACUUUUGCCCCGUCUGCCGCCGCCGCUUUGCUUCUUUGAGCCCGGAGCACCCUAUGGAGGCACGUCAGGCGCACACUCGGGACUGCAUUGAGAACUAUCUCCGACCACUGCCCCCUCAACCAUCAUCUGGGCGACAGGCUCCACCGCUGCCUCAACCUCCGCCCUCCUCCCGCAUGCUGCCAUUUGUGGCCACGGAGAAGGACUGUCUCGGCGAGGAUGGGCAAACAGCGGAAUGUACCAUUUGCAUGGAAGACUACGAGGUUGGUCAGACCUUGGCACGCCUUGAGUGCCUUUGCAAGUUCCACAAACACUGCAUUGUGGACUGGUUCGAGAGGAAGAGCGAGUGCCCAGUGCACAAGCUCUCGUAA